GCAAAGCGUCAGAAAUGGGCUUCCAUACCUCCACCCUCUGUGACAGAGAGACAUUUGCAGCUCCUCCACACGCUCAUUUGGAGUCACUCCCACCAGAACGCGCACUAAAGCCCUGCCAUUCACGCGCAGCCACUGAGGAGCAACAUCUCCUGCAGCAGCGGAUCCACAGCAAGGACUUUUGUUUCACAUGUGAUUGCAAAAGUGUUUUUUGCCUCCUCUGCAUGCAUGGAUUAAACCUGAAGAAAAAGUUGGCAUCUGCUUCUUGGAGUCAGAAUAAGGCAUUGCGCAUGAAUCUCUGCUCACUUACUGCGUUUAAUUCACACGAGAGAAGCGCGUCUCCAUCUCACAGGAUGCGAGUGGCGCGUUGAGUGCUGCUGCUGCUGCGCGGUCUUUGGAACCAAAGUUGCGCAAAGAGCCGCCGGCGUUCUGCGCAAUAAUCCAUCGCUACAAUGUCAGCCAUACGGAGGAAAUUUGGGGAGGAUUACCAGGUGGUGAACACCAACCGGGGCAUGAGUUUCUCUGCCCCGGUGAAGAGGAAGAGGCAGCGGUUCGUGGAGAAGAACGGCCGCUGUAACGUCCAGCACGGGAACCUCGGAGGAGAGACGAGCCGCUACAUCUCGGACCUCUUCACCACGCUCGUGGAUCUCAAGUGGCGCUGGAACCUGCUCAUCUUCAUCCUCACCUACACGGUCGCGUGGCUCGUUAUGGCUUCAAUGUGGUGGGUGAUCGCGUACAUCCGCGGCGACCUGAGCCCCGCCGGCCACGACUCCUCGUAUACGCCGUGCGUCGCCAACGUGUACAACUUUCCCUCCGCGUUUCUGUUCUUCAUCGAGACGGAGGCGACCAUCGGUUACGGCUACCGCUACAUCACGGAGAAGUGCCCCGAGGGCAUCAUCCUCUUCCUCUUCCAGUCGCUGCUAGGAUCCAUCGUGGACGCAUUCCUCAUUGGCUGCAUGUUCAUCAAGAUGUCGCAGCCGAAGAAGCGCGCGGAGACGCUCAUGUUCAGCCAGGACGCGGUGAUCUCGCAGCGGGACGGGAAGUUGUGCCUCAUGUUCCGCGUGGGGAACCUGCGGAACAGCCACAUGGUGUCAGCGCAGAUCAGGUGCAAACUCAUCAAGUCCCGUCAGACACCGGAGGGCGAGUUCCUGCCACUGGACCAGUGUGAACUGGAUGUGGGUUUCGGGACGGGGGCGGACCAGCUCUUCCUGGUGUCGCCUCUAACCAUCUGUCACGAGAUCAACAACAAGAGCCCGUUCUUCGAUCUGUCGCAGCGCUCUCUCAUGAACGAGCAGUUUGAGAUCGUCGUCAUCCUUGAGGGCAUUGUGGAAACCACUGGUAUGACGUGCCAGGCGAGGACGUCCUACACUGAGGACGAAGUCUUGUGGGGUCAUCGCUUCCUCCCCGUCAUGUCGCUGGAAGAGGGUUUCUUCCGCGUGGACUACUCCCAGUUCCACAACACCUUUGAGGUCCCUACUCCGCCUUACAGCGUCAAAGAACAGGAGGAGACGUCCUCGCUGACCUCGCCCAAUCCUCUGCCCGUCGCUCCUACCCCCACCUCUCCUCUGCUGGGUAACGGUGCCCGCGGGGGCCGCAGGGAAAGGCUCCUGUCAGCAGACUACGCAGACCACGUGGAGGACCACCAUGCCUCCAGGCUGCCCAGCAAACUUCAGCGCAUGAGCUCAACGAAGGAGAACUUGUGGAGGGGGUCGAAGACAGGUGUGGCCUUGCCGGGAGGGAAGGCCUCCAGCACCGGAGACCUGCCGCUGAGUAUUCAGAGGUUACGGUCCAGCUCCAUCCCGAUAGUGAGGCAAGGGUAUGCAGAGGAGCAUGUCCAGCUGUUGUCCUUGGAUGGAAACGCAGAGGAGGUGGAGGUGGAGAAGCACAGACUCCCAGCGGCCGUCACUGCUGUGAAAACAACACUCAUCCAGAUCCCGCUUGUAGGGAGUCGACCCGAGGACAACCUGCCCCCGAAACUGCGCAGAAUGAAUGCUGAUCGUUGACUUCCUCUCAGACUUAAAUGAACUUUUAAAAAUGAAUCAGGCUUUAAGGGCAUUUGUGUGUAAAUAAGGAUUACUGCGAUCUAUUGAUUCAUUUUUUUUGCAAACUCUCUCCAGUAUUUAUAUUUACUUUCAGGCGCUCUACAGGUUUGUCCGUUUCCGCAAGAAAGAAGGAGGACAACGCCAAUAAAGCCAUCCAUCCGCUCAUACUGUGAGUCAGAUUUGAUCUGAUCACCAUCUGUGCCCCCCUGCUGACUUCUAACACUUCUGCCCUUGUGCUCGUUUCUUUCACUUCUGUUCAUGGAGUCACAUCAGAGCGUUUAUUAUUAUUAUCAUUAUUAUCUCCGCCAAUAGCUUUCAGUUAAUCAGGCACCAAAGUCAAAGUCAUCAAUACAACUGACCUUAAGUGAUGACUGGCAAAACAUUUCCAUCAAAUCACCAUUCAUUAACAUCAACAUAGAUUUUUUUUUUUUUACAUUCAAACAUUCAAACCCAAUGCUGAUUUCGCUGAUCAGUUCCUGAGAUUUAUUACAUUGUUUUCUCGGCGUUUUCUUGUUUUCUUCACUCAAAUUGGAAAUGUUCAUAUACUGAGCACUGGUGUAUCAUCAUCCAGAGAACAGAAAAAGACACAUGUCCCUCAAAAUUCUGACCAGUCUGGACUGCAGUGUGAAAACUAAUCAAACGUAGGUUUUUAAGUGCAGCAUUGCAACAUAUUACUCCCUGAAUGGGACAAAAUCCCGGUAUGAAAGCAACCUCAGUCAGGUUUGAUAGUAUUUUCAGACGACGGACGCAGCAGGAAGACCACACAGAAGCAUAAUAACGUCAACAGCAACAGAAAUCACCAAAAAUGACACACUGCAUCUUUAAGAUUAGCAACACAUGUCGUCAGCGUAAAACUCAGCAUUUAAAGUAGUUUUAUUGUCAUGUUCAGUGUUAAGUGACAUUUGGGGUCACAUGCACGCACACAUGGAAAUUGUAUGUAAUGAGCAAAUAAACACACGCUGAUAUAUUUGACUUUUAUUCCGUUAUUUAUUUCAGGAACCUCAUUGUAUAGAAAAUCAAAGUCUGUAACCUGUGACACAAAAAUGGACGAUGUUUCAGACUGAGCUCCCUCUCGGUGUCUCUAAGUAGACUUCCAGAGCAGCUUGUGUCCUAUUCAGGAGAGCCGAGCUCCCCCUCUCUGCGCCGUAAUUCAAACCAUGGUCACGUUUCAUCCUCAGGUUAUUCAAAUAUUCACAUUUUGGGAUUGCAGCGCUCUUUGCUCAGUUCCUCUCAUCAGAUGAGCACAAGCAUGUGACAGAGGACCUGAACAAAUCUCCCCAACUCUGACACUCACAAGUGAUAUUGAAACGUUUUAUUACCUUUAUUGGAUUGUGUUUUAUUCGUAGGAGUUGCUGCUGGUGCUGAAGUUGCAAACAUUCAACCAAAAGGGAACUGAAUGCAGAGUAGUUGUAGUGGUGCAGGUAGUAGCGAGGCGCCCCCCAAGGGUCAAGAGAUGCUGCCUUUAGUCUUUUUUUCAUUUCGAAACCCAUGGUAUGAGUCAGGUUCAUGUCAAAGUGCUGGCUCACAAUCAUUUUGACAUCUGGUGUACUUCCUGUGCGUUUUGCAGGUGUAUCUGGCCUGCAAACACACUUACGGUGCAAAAGAGAUUCCAGUUUAUGCAUUUUCUCUGAGUCAUAUACUGAUUUUCAACAAAAACCCCACCGCGGUGCCAAGAGAAGAACUGUGAAAUUGAGGCUGUAAAAGCUUAAAAUGAUGUUGCAUCAUGAUUAGGAAAUGUAUGUCAAUAUUACAAGAUAAACAAACAUUCAUAUACAGCACACUUCACUUAGUUAAGAUGCCAAACCGUGGUCUCAGUGCUACAGGAGGUUUGAAGGUUUACAUUUUUUACACCACACCUGAACCGGGAGGAGGAUGGUUUUAGUUGACCCACCUCUGCUUUGGCUGUGUUAAGCCACACCCACAUGAGAGAGAGUGAGGAAGCAUGCUCUGGUAAAAAAGGACUGCAGUGGUGAACAUGCAUGACGCUGUGUCCUCAUGCAGGGAUAUAUGGGAUUUUCUUAUCACGUAAAAUUGUUUCCCUUUACCUUUGUGAACAGUAUGAUAUGGGGCCGUCCGUACAGGUGAUCAAUAUAAACGCACAGGGCAUUUUUCUAUCCCCAUUGCACUGUGCAACAAAGUUUUAACAUUAUGAUAAGCCAAAAAAAGUUGUCUCCUACUGCUUUUUAAAUGUAUUGUAUAUGAUAUGAAUAGCCAUGAUAAAAAUGAUAAAAUGUGCAUCCCAUGUUUUGCUUCUCCUCCUAUUUUCCACCACAACAAUCCCACAUUCCCUCCAUCUACUAUAGGAAGAGCAUCUAUGCUGUUUUUGGUGUGUGUGUUUUUUUUCCCCCCCAGAUAUUCUGAAUUUACAUCCAAAGUAAGCAAACAUUUGUUUUUCUAUUGCAAUGUUGACAUGUAAAAGUAGAGACCUGGGGAAACAACUCUUCUGCUGUGGACCCCAAAUGGGUCAUGGGAGAGUUUUUGGGGUCCUCAAACAAAUUUGCAGCGUUUUCCCACCUUUUUUUUUUAAAUGACAUGCCUAAAAUUAAGCUUUAAUUGGUUUAUCAAAUGCUAUAUUAUGCACAAAUUUGCCCCUGUUGGGAUUUAUAUAAUGAUUUAGGUCCCAACAGUUUGCUGUCUUUAAAAAGUGGGUCCCCAUAUAGAAUGUUUGGGAAACACUGGACUAGAGUUUGAUUCUAGACACUGCAGCCUUUUAGGUCACCUCCUUAUGCAGUGUUACCCAGGCAUGACACACCAGUACCUCCUGCCAGUUGUACAUGAGAUACAUGAGAUCUCAAAAUGAAACCUUUGAGUGGUUUGUGUCCUUCAUGGCCAACAUUGUUCUCACUGGGUAAUCUGCUUCACUGCUGUGGUGUUCCACAAGGUUCAGUCAUUGGUCCUAUUCUGUUCUCACCUUACAUGCUUCCAUUAGGUCAAAUAAUUAGCACAUCUGGUUGUAUAUCAUACCACCUCUCUGAAGAUGAUACCCUACUCUAUCACUCAGUAAAAACCAGAUGACCUCAGCAACCUGAACUCCCUGCACAGCUGAUUUAACUGUCACUUUCUACGACUAAAUUCUAUCAACUGAAAAGUAGUACAGACAACAUCCUCCAACAUAUAAUGCCCCAGCAUCCAUAUUAAUAAAAUGGUUCAAUUAAUUCAAUUUAAACAUUGAUUAUUCAUGCUUUUUGCUUUCCCAUGUUCAGUUAGCGUUCAUCCCCAAAGCUUUUACAGCGUAAAAGUUUCCUUGGAUAGCUACUGCAACGCAAGAAAAAUACAUUUCUUUGCUUUUUCACAGUCAUGUACACUUUGUGGGCAUUAUGUGUGACUUUGGCCCCUUUAUUUCAUCUUCUUUUCUUUUCUUUUUUGCCAAUAUACAAAACUUAAGCUAGCUUAUAUACCAGCUAGUGUACAAAGUCCAUGGGGUUAGCUGCUAGAAACAAGAAACCUGCUUCUGUCUACCUCUGUAUGAAAUCAAGAAUCCAGUGUUUUUCACAAUCAAAGGACAAUUUUGAAUUCACUAUUGAUAUCACUGUAUACUGCAUACACAAUGUGGCAGCCAUGCAAACUGAAUUAGACCAAAACUUCAGCUGCUGCACCAUAUUUUUUCAUCCCUUGUUCUGAAUAUGUGUUGAUUUGAAUGCAUAUGAGUUUACUACUGUACAGUUUGAACUCUUUCUAACCUACGGUGCAGUGUUUGCACUGAGCAAAUGUAAUCACAUAAAAAUGUUGGACUACUUUUGACUUUCUUUCAUCAUGAACUGAUUUAUUAAAACGUAAAACAAAUAUCUUGGAAUGCAGGGAUGCUGACAUCAGGGGACACAUGUAUUAUUGCUAAUAUAAAGGCAGACUUCAAAUUCAUACUGCAACU